AUGAAUCCAAUGUCGAUGGACAGAGAUGAACCAACUUCUUUGUCAUCGGUUUCCACAAACCAUCCCUUAGAACAGUUCAUAUUGCUUGCUAAAGGUGCUAAGGGGUCGGCAUGUGCCGAACUUAUUAAACAGGUUCUCGAAGCUCCAGGAGUGCAUGUCUUCGGAGAACUUUUAGAAAUGCCAAACAUAAAAGAGUUGGAGACAGGACCAUAUGCUACACAUUUUAAAACUCUCAAUUUGUUUGCAUAUGGUACUUAUAAAGACUAUUUAGAAAAUAAAUCUGAAUACUUAGAACUGAAUCCUGUACAAUGUAAGAAGUUACAACAUUUAACAAUAGCAACAUUGGCUACUCAAGAAAAAUGUAUACCGUACAGUGUGCUUCUAGAAGAAUUAGAUAUUAAGAAUGUUAGAGAUUUGGAGGAUUUAAUUAUUGAAGCUAUUUAUGCAGAUAUAAUCCAUGGUAAGCUUGACCAAGAAUGUAAGCGUGUAGAAGUAGAUGUCGCAUUAGGUCGGGAUGCUCGGUUAGAAGAUGCUGCUGCCAUUGCUGAUGUGUUGGCCGACUGGUGUAACGCCUGCGAAACUGUUCUUAGCUCAGUGGAUCGACAUAUACAAAGAGCUAAUCACCACAAACAAAGAUCUAUUAGACACCAACAGACUAUUGAACAGGAGAUUGGAUUUAUCAAGAAGACAUUGAAGGCCCAAGCAGAAAACGAAGAAUCCGCUUCAGGUGGUGGUAGCGAGACACAUUCGGCUCCAAAGAAAAACUCUAGUCGAGGGGUUCCACAAAGUGUGAGGUCAUGUCACAAGGGCGAGAGGAGGAGUCUUAGUCGACGUGAUGACACUACCGUUACAAAAAGUUCUACCGCAUAA